UGUUUCCGGAUUAUAUCAUUCUUUGUUGAUGAAAGCCUGUCAUCGUCCCGCGAGAAUACAAUCGCCGGUUCGACGUAGCAUGUCUACUUGACAGCGCAGGGGACAGCCAAAAUGGAAAUAUACCGUGCGGUUUCGGACUUCGUUCCCCCGGAUACUGAGGGGUCUCAGAAUAUUUUGUCAUUUCAGAAGGGAGACAAGUUUGAAAUUUUUGACUGUCACAAACAGACAGAUUGGUGGGGUGCUCGUUCCCUAAAGGAUAACGCCAUCGGUUAUGUUCCGUGUAAAUAUUUACAGCAUGAGGAGAGAAAGAUUGGGAAAAUUGUACCGCCAUCGGACACGUCUAAUGACAUAAAUGAACACAAGGAGAAGACGCUCCAGAGGUUUGCUGACAUGCAGAAUCAGGCCAACCACAAACACCCAGAGGAGGAAGAAGAGUUAUACCUCGUUACACCGGAGACACCACUGCCGGACUAUGACUUAGAGUCACCAGACGAAAACGUCGACAAGUCCGUUUCCUUAUUCGUUAAACGAUUCUCCAGGGUUUUAACCAGCAUAAGCUUAAUAGACGACAAUAAUGCUGAUGUGGCCGAACCUGACCCUGACUACCUCCUAGAUGACGAUGUGUCUGCAGAUUCCUUCCCCCUUCCCCCAUCACCCCUCAGUCUGGAUGCAGACGUCGUCCCCCAGAACGGCCAGUCAUUCCACCUCCACCCACACCCCCAUCAGCGACCUCCAUCACUGUCCGACACGGAGUCAGCUGAAUCACUUAUCCGACCGAAGAGGUUGGCUAAUCCAUGCGUUGAGUCGCGGGAACGACAAGCCCUGCAUCGAGAACUUCUGUUGAACUACAAGCUAGGUAAGAACGUCCUGCAGAAGCCCGAGUUGAGCAAACUGAUGCUGGACCGGAGGCAGACGCAGAAGAAGAAGGAGUGGCAGGAACAGAUGAACAACAAGCGCACCAGCUUUGAGCUGAAGAUGGAGGAGAGAGCCACACGACUGAAGGAGGACGAGCAGAAAUCCAUGACUACAAUUUCGGAGACAUCUGGAGGUCCAGAACUGAUGAGGAUGCAUGCCAAGAUCACUCACAAACAAUGAGAACCCCUGAUGUUUCUGUUGGGAGAAGUGUUCAUCUAGGCUCAUACACACGAUGGUUGGAGAAAGUGUGACAGCAGGAACAUAGACAUUGCCCAGCAGUUGCAACAUGAACUGUACACUGACGUCAGUGAUCACCUGAAACAUUCUUAUACAGAUCCGGCACAGAAGGCCAUGGAGAGGCCUUUUAAGGCCAUUGUCCUUGUACUUAUAUUUCAAUCUCACAGGAACUGAUAACAAGAUUAAGGAAAUAAUUCAUGGGAACUUUAUGAUGCAGACAUAUAUAUGAUGCGUAUCUCACCUCUGGAAUCGUGCAAGCCCCAACUCUACAAGAGGCAUCCGGCGACUGUCGUGUCUGUGGACAGACGUUCUUGUUGGUCAUCAGCAAACGAUAUCUGCACAGCCCUAGACCUAUCAUGUGACCUCUAACAUAUCAGCGAAUGUGCAAGUAUUUCAAUCAGUGCGACAGUGAUGUGAUGCUCUAUUUCUUCCAUGGAAGUUGUCAUGACAGUUGCCCCUCUGAUCCAUCGUUCACAUAAUAAUAAAGGUAAACACAGGUGUGAACGUCAAGGUGGUCACCAUUGCAGAGCCAGUGUUUCACUUCAGAGGUGAACCGUGGACUGUACGCUAUACAUGUGGGUCUGCUCUUCUACAAGGUGUUGAGAAAAUGCCAGCAUCGUCUGUAUCAGCAGUCGAACUAUACAGGGACCAGUGGUUGUCAGAUGGUAUUUGUAGCAGAUGUAUGAAUGUGUAAGAAUGAUGUUAGCACCAUGAUUAACAAAACUGCGAUAUGCAGUUUGACAAACCUCAGAUUCCAUGCAUGUAUGACAAUGUUUGUUGCAGAUUACAGUUUACAAGAUGUGUUCAGUGAAUAGUCCAGCAUAGUCAACUAUUUUAGGAUAAUUGUAUCCAUUUCUGACUUUUACCUUUUCAGUUUGAAGAAAACAUCUUUAAGUAGAUAGCUGAUUAAAUUCACAAAGCUGGGGUUAAGAUCUCAGCCAUAACAUGACCAUAUCAACUUUUUACUGCUAAAUCUAGCUUGUCAAUGAAUAAGCUCAGUAACUGAAUGUGCCAAACAGUCAAGGGGACAUAACUCUUGCUACAUAUCCCUUUACCGGUCACUGAACACUGCAGUCACAUAUUAGCAUGGCGUUAACAAGGGAGAUAAUUCCUGCAUUGUUAGUAUUCCACUCUCACGUACUGCACAUGCAUGUCACAUUGUGGGUUUGUUUAAAUAGCAGUGUUCUCAUACAUAUUAAUUUUCUAAGUGUUUAAAUGUGACAUUUGAUUGUUUAAAAUCAUAUAUGUAUAUAUAUUAAUCAAUAAAAUUAAGAAUUUGUGGCUAAAAUGGUAUAUGUGUGUAAUUUGCAGUGGGAAACUUGCCUGACCACAUUCUAGAUAGCAACCGAGUGUUGAAACUUCAGUUGAAUGUAAAAGAUUUCUCCAGUGAAAUUCUUACUUUAAAGAUGCUGAACACACAUCAUGUGUAAUUUGCUUGGUUUACAGAUGCCCCACCUUACAAAGUGAAAACUUUAAAAAGAUAGAAUGAAAAUGACAAGGUUGUUUGUGUUUUUUAAAGUGCUGUCUUUAAAAUUGCCUUGACAACAAAUGUGAUAAUAAAGUGAAACUUUUCGAUUUUAGAUUUAGGAGGACCUUUCAGAUUGUGUUUACUGUUAUAUUAUCCCAAACAGAACCAAAUGAAGUUUAAGAUGAUUAAAAAUCCUGUAAAAUGUGUAUUAUUUUUAUAUUUUGGUCACCAACUGAUUAAAUAUUUCACUAUCAAAAUCUGUAAGCCAAGAACAACUCAUCUGUGCUCAUGAGUAUCGGUGGAUGAUAAUAUAGCAGGUGUUCAGGAUGAGCUAAUUGAUAUCUGACUGAUAUUAAAUAUCAAAUAUAGAAGUGAAAGAGCUGUAUGCGUCCAUGUUUAACAUGAAUCAUUCCUUUGUUUAAGUGUGAGUCAUUGUUCUGGAUCAUAUGAUUAUUGAUCAGUAACUUUUGUUUAUAAAAAUACAUGUAUUUCAGAACAGAACCAAAUUUUACAUUCCAAAAAUAUUCAAAUUUACAAUUUUUCUUCAUUCAAAUUUUAUGAUGGAACUCUUUCUUUUCAUGUUACUAAUUUCAGUAAACAAUAUAGAGGUAAACUACUAGACACUGAGAGGUGACAUUGGCGAUGGAAUUGCCAUGAGGUAACAGAGCAGUGAUGAUAGACGAUCACAUGCUAAUCACUCUGUCACUCAUGGCAUGCUUUCCCACUGUGUGUUUUUUUUAUUAAAAAACAACAAGCAUAGAAUCUCUGACUAGCAACACAGCUGUUUGCUUCUUGUGUCAGUACCAGACUAUUACUUCGUCUCUUAAGAACACAGGAGUUAGUUGUUUUCAUUUAAGGAUUGGCUUUUUUUCUAAAUUUUAGAUUUGAAUUCUUUGGUGAUAAUUGAAUCUUUACAAAUUAUAUUUGGGACAAAUUUCUAUCCAAGAUGUGCAUCCUUAUUUUAUUUUCGUAUGAACAAGAUCUAGGUCAAAUGUUUUUCUUUUCUGUUGUGGGGAAAGUACCCAUAUAGUACAGUGUGAUCUUCAUUCACUAGCCCUUUCAAAAUUAACUAGCCACCAACUGGCAGGCCACCAUUCAUCUCAAACGCUUUCUUGAUCAAUGUGGUUUAAGCAUUAUUUCUAUGUUAGUUGAUGAAUCUAAGCAAUAUGGGAGAUAUGUGACCGAAGUUGUAUGAUUGAGUAGAACUAGUUGGCGGAACUUGGGUGAACGACAGGUAGUGGUACUGAUGGGAUUGUGAUACAACAGUGAUAACAUAUCAUAGUACAGAACAUUUUAUAUAUUUUAGUUAACAGAUAAAGCUAUUUAUUUAUGGUGAUACUAACAGUACAUCAGUGAGAGGUUAUUCCCGUACUCAUAUAUACAUAUUCAAUGGCUUGGGGCCCAAGCUGCUAUUCUUGUAUCGCUGAGUCGUACAACAUCCAGGCUUUUAGUCCAUGUAGUAGAAGACCAGAGUUGCUUUCCUUAGCUGUGUCAAGAUUUGCUGAACAUUCUUGAAAUCUAAUAUUGGGCCACUAAUUGAUUGCUCACAUAUACACUUACAAAUAUUCCAAUCUCAAUAUCAGUUUGUGUUUUGGGGGUUUUUCAUUGCCGACUCUAAAGUAGGUGUGAGCCAGUCUAUAAAUGGUUGUUGUUUCUCAUAAAUGAUGUUGCGUACAUGUUUCUGGGACAAGUCUAAAUGUAAACCUGAUUCGGCUUCAAAACCAUUUGCUGUAUGUCUUUUGAUAGCUCCUAAUUUCAGUCUGUUGGUUUCUAAAACUGAUUAACAAUGAGGGCUUUGUUAUUUGCUCACAGGAUUUCUGAGGCAAAUGUUUACCACAGGCUUUCAUUUUCUCACACCCACACAGACUUGAUGUCUUCAAAUGUAAAGUUGUAUUACACACUUCUCCUGAUAUGCUAUGAUGUGCAAACAAUAAUGACAAAACCUUUUCCAUGAUAAGAAGCCUCUCAUUUAAACAGAGUCCUUAUGUAAUCCUGACUUUAUCAUGAUCAUAUUAUGCUUUUGUAUCAGUGUCACUUAUUGCCGAUAUCAGAUGUCAACGAACACGUGUCCAUAUCCUGCCACUCCGAUAGCUCUCGUCACACACAUAUGAUCCCUUGAUGUCGAAUAGUACUUAUGUAGAUACCUACAUUAAUCAGCUGAGUCGGACGAUGGUUGAAUGUCAAUUUUCAAAGCUACUUGUUAAACUGCCGGGGUUAACACAGCUCGGGUUGGAUGGAUGAUAGUCAAGUCAAAUGCUGUACAAUAAAUAUUUUGAAUUUCAUGGCUCUUUGUCCAUUUGUGUUGCAUUUGAUGACACGAUAUGAGGUAUGUUUCUUGGUAUCCUCAACUACAGGACUUUAGAUGGUUAAUUCAGUGUAAAGUAUCGAUGUUGUUUGUGUGGGCAUUAUGAACAUAUACUGAAGGAAACAAAUAAGGGAUCACAUGAAAGCACAAGUGUUCCUUUAUUUUUUUACCAGGUUUCUUCACAAGCUUUGUAUCACACAACUUGUGAAGAAACCAGGAAACACAAUAAAGGAACACUUGUGCUUUCAUGUGAUCCCUUAUUUGUUUCCCUCAGUAUACAUAAUAAUUUUGCAAAUAUUUCAAGAUUAUUUUUACCUUUAUGAUCGGGGUUCAUCUACCUGAUGUCUUGAUCAAUCAACUGCAACACAAACGUGACAGUGGUUCACAUAAUGUACAGAUAUGCUUGGUCAGGAUGAUCUGUAUCAUGCGACCAUUUAGAAACUGUUAGAAGUUAGUUAUAAUUCUAGUUGAAGCUAGUAAUAUCUAGUUAUUUAACAGUAAUAAUUCUAGUUAAAUCUAGUUAUUUAUUUGGAUAGUUGAUGCAUGUUUUAAGUCAUGUUUUUGAGGCAUGAGUUGUAUUGAGGAUGAUAAUUACACAGGCAAAAUAGUGACACACUUUCACGUAAUGUCAUGUUGCAUGCAUUCAUGCAGAAAAACACAAUUCAAGACAAAUAUUUUGUGUUUUCAGCAGAAAUAAAACUUUGGGGUUCUUAGUAAAUAUAUUUUCCAUCAAAUAUGAAAAGUGUGUGUUGAUUUUUAUCCAAGGUAGAAUCAUAGUACAAGGCAUUAAAAUCCUGUCUGAUGUGCUGGUUUAUCUGUGAAACUGUCUGAUUGGCUGGUUCAUCUGUGAAACUGUCUGAUUGACUGGUUUAUCUGUGAAACUGUCUGAUUGGCUGGUUUAUCUGUGAAACUGUCUGAUUGGCUGGUUCAUCUGAGAAACUGUCUGAUUGGCUGGUUCAUCUGUGAAACUAUCUGAUCCUCUUAGUUCUGUCUUUAGGUUUGCCUUCUUCUGCCUGCAAUGCAUAGUUGUCACUCAUGUGUAAUGUAUCCCAGUCCAUACACAGUUUGUGUUCUAACGAUAAAUAUAUUUCGUACUUAAAAUAGCCAACCCUUUUUAUUGAUGUACUAAUAUGUACAUUUAUACAGUUACCAUAACGCAAUGCAUGCUCAUAGCCGUGCAAGUACUACUCUGGUCAGUCUAUGUGUGUUCAUUGGCAUUCUCAGUAGGAGUGUGUGGAAAUGAUUACACCUUCUGACAAGUCAAGUGUAUCAGAUACUUACAUAGGCAUCCUAGACUUCAUCAGACCUCUGUGUGUAUUCAAGGUUGGUGCUGCAUCUUCUGUGAAGUCAGCUACUGCAUCUGCAAAACACUGUCAUCACUGUCACCAGAAGCUUAGCACCGCUCUCAAAAGAGACUAUUACCAUGACAACGCCCUGACUAUUUGUUGCUUCAGAGGCAGUGUAGCAUCACAGUCUCACAUUUUUCUGUUGUUUUAGUUGGAUUAUCGUCAUUGUUUGUUUAGUUUUUAUGGGAUGGGAAAUAUGGCUGGACUGUGCACUGCGGCAUUUACAGUUAAUGUUGUUGACUCGGAACCACUGAUGCUGGACCGAGAUGGCAGCAGCUCUAUAUCAGCAUCCUUGGCAGGAUGGAGUGGGAAAUGUUUCUCAGGCACAUGUGCAGCACUUUUAUUCCUGGUGUUGAUUGUCAAGAAAGAAUAUUUUUUCCUUGUGACAAUGGACACUCUGUUAUACAUAAAAACUAUGCUUGACAGCUGACCCUGUAUUGAAGAGCGUUUUUCAGUGUGUGCACACCUGCCUGUUGGUAUUCUUGGUGAGAAAACACAGCGUUUCCCUUGCAUUUCUAAUCCUUUCAAUAAAAAUAUAGACCUACAGAACUCCUCACUUUUGUGAAAAUUGUGCCCGCGAUACAUUUGUUUUCAUGCAACCAAGUAUGCCUACCUAUAUUCUUUGUUUUUUUCCUGUGUAUCUUCUGUGUAGAAACAUUAUUGGUGUUGUCCGUACUAUAUUGUGUUAUAUGGAAUAUUGUCACUGUAACAGUCAGUUACAGUACCAGUUACAUCAGCAAUAGGGUGGUGAAUAUUCUUUGUAAGUUCCAUGUUGAUAAUUCUGUUACCUUAUUGGUUGAUAUUCCCAUGUUUCCAUUUAGAAUCUUUCCCUUGAGUUGACGAGUCUGUGUUUAAUAGAUAAUGUCAAAAACAACAAAUAUGUCUGUGGGGAAAUGAGUUGGAAUUCAAGUUGGUGUGACAGACUUCAUGUUUGUUCCUAAUCAGUUAAUUGAUUCCAUUGUUAAUCUUUACAUUGCAUGUACUUGGGUUUUUUGCAAGGUAAACAGACAUCAAAACUCAUACCCAGUUACCUUUUUCAGCUAAGAGAUGGAAUCAAAGUCACUUUAUACUGUAGUUCACCUUCAGCAUCCUUAUUAUCUUACAUGUUUCUCUGACAGUUACUGUUGACAAUGUCGGACAUGCAUGGAGAAGCCCUGUGCUUGUCUACUGUUGUCUUGCACAGACAUCUAUUAAAUGUCUGCCCAGUGUCCACCUAGUUCUGGACUGUGAUUAAUACAGAUAUAAAACAGGGACAGUUUCUUCCUGUAAUUACAGACCCAUACAGUGUUAUAUUCAUAUGUACCAUAAACAUUAUGCUUACAGACAAAAAAGUGUUGUCAAGGCACUUGAAUGGAACUGCUUGGAUUGCAAGACAGCCCCGGAUUAGUCCCCUUUUAAAGAAGUCCAUCUUGAGCAUAGUAUUCAUACCCUCAGGGAAGACCCCUUCUCAACAGUCCUGCUGACGCUUGCUAUCUUCCAUGCUGGUAAAUCUGUGUCCUUGCCUUCAGAAUAUUAUUGAUGUGUAGAAUCUCAAGACAUGUGAUAUCAAACGUAUCCACACAUGAACAUGGUGAUAACUACUCUGUAAGCCCCAGUGUUGAUAUUUAGGAGUUGAUCUAUCAAAUAUUAACAUCUCCUUACUUCCCUUGCAAUGAAGUCAUGUACCCUCCAGACAUUGUUUUUGGUUCUGCCUUGGUUUAGACAAGGACUAUGUUUAUGCAUGUUGUGCAGGCAUAUCUCAGUCUCUUCCCAACUUGUACCCUCGUGUUUGUAUCUCUGCUUUCCUUCUACAUUGCUGUGUUGUACCGAGGGCCUACUGCUUCCUUUGCCUGGCAGCUGGACUGGCUGCUACCUUUGCCUGGCAGCUAGACACUGUCUACAAGGUCAAGGUCACACCUUGAUCCAUGACAUUCUUCAGAUGAAGAUAUUCAUGAUCGUCUUCAUGUAGGCUACCUUCCCCAUGUUUUUUUAUGUAUUUCAUCUUUCUUAUGCAAGACAUGUUUUUUGUUCAAAAGUUGACAUGGUGGUCUGUAAAAUGGUUUUCCUGAAAUUGAAUAAUGGAAUUGUUUGAUUCCACAGAUAAAUUUGGAACUAUUGGGAAAAUAGACUAAAAACUAUAAAUGGUUAUUUGGUUGAAUGUCCAAAAACGUGAAACAAAAUUUCAAAAUGACUUCUUGAUUGAUUUCUCAAUGUUGUUUUGUGUUGUGUUUGUUUUACAUAUAAUUUUAAUUUAAAUACAUUAUACAGUGCAGCUGAAUUUGUCAGCCAGUGUACCCAUGCCUUAGACAUGCCUUGAGUUGUUUGUCUUCCACAGAAAUGUUUUAAGAGGAAUACCUAAUUUGGUGGAGCAGGUAUCUAAAGCACCAGACAUUACUGAUAACAUACCUUAAGGACUUCUGAAUUUACCUUCUGCAUCUUGUUGUCUUUGAAAACAAAAAAGUCAGAAAGAAUGAUGGCUGUUUCUUAUCACACUGGACCAUUAAUGAUCCCAUGCGACAUUAGUGUGUUAUGAGAGACUGUGUGAUGCUUCUGAUCAGCAAAGUAUUUCCUCUGCUACAGCCAUGGAAACUUGUAAUAAUGAUUCACUGAAUUCCACUGUAAUUUUUAUUAUUUCUUCUCUCUUCAAUGUCCCAUUUGUUUCCAGCACCAGCCUUUGUGUUACCUGAGUGUCAGUGUCAGAUAGUCUGUGUAGAACUAAUGUCUACCUGAGUACCUACCUGAGUGUCAGUGUCAGAUAGUCUGUGUAGAACUGUCUACCUGAGUACCUACCUGAGUGUCAGUGUCAGAUAGUCUGUGUAGAACUAAUGUCUACCUGAGUACCUACCUGAGUGUCAGUGUCAGAUAGUCUGUGUAGAACUGUCUACCUGAGUACCUACCUGAGUGUCAGUGUCAGAUAGUCUGUGUAGAACUAAUGUCUACCUGAGUACCUACCUGAGUGUCAGUGUCAGAUAGUCUGUGUAGAACUGUCUACCUGAGUACCUACCUGAGUGUCAGUGUCAGAUAGUCUGUGUAGAACUAAUGUCUACCUGAGUACCUACCUGAGUGUCAGUGUCAGAUAGUCUGUGUAGAACUAAUGUCUACCUGAGUACCUACCUGAGUGUCAGUGUCAGAUAGUCUGUGUAGAACUAUUGUCUACCUUUGUGCCUUUCUGUAGAGUUGUGAUAGGAACGCUGGGAUGAGGACAAAAUACUGCUGAGUUGACAAAUCCUGUGUCAAAUGUAAUGCACAACCAGGCAGUGUCCGGAUGUAUUAAAAAUAAUUAUUGUACUGCAAAAUGGAUGUAUGUAUUCAUAGUGAAUGUAGGAAAAUGGUGGACAGAAAAGUGUAUUGACAAUGAACCCAGACUUGCCCACAUUUGUACAGAAAACUGGAUUGACAAUGAUCCCUGACCAAAUAAUUCUCAGCAACUUGCCAUUACCUGUGGGUUGCACCAGAUCUGAUGAACCUUCUGGACCUCCUGCAUCACUUCCAAUGAACAUUAAGCCUGACAUCUCCCAGUCAAGUAAUCCUCAUCCCAGCACUUGCUUACCCGGACACCUUAUAGACCAACCAUUGGAUAUUCUGGGGACGGCCUUCCAUGUUUUACAAAUGUGUGUUCUGGAAAACCCAAAAUAAUUUAAUUUUUUUUUACUGUGAGCAGGACAUCCAGUUUAUGCUGAAAAGUAAUGUGUUGUGAUAG